ACCACUCAAAGCGAGUGACGGUGUUAAAUUUUAACUGUUAAUUUAAUAGUGUGCUUUGAUGAAAUUUUCAGAUGAGUGAGAAAGUUUCGCGCUAAGCCAUCGCCGAAGAGCGCUAAAAAAUUAAAAAUUCAUUCGAAAUUGCAGCAACACCGUUGCCGAUGCAUUCUGUUGUUGUAGAUCUAACGGAAAUGACAAUGGACAGCUCACAUCCUCUACAAUUUCCGGAAUUCGCGGCACAACUGAGUGGCAAUGGCAGUGUUUUGGAUAGGGUCACGCCCGACAUGGCACAUCUGGUCAAUCCCUACUGGAGCAAAUUCCCACCAAUGGAUUCGACAAUGAGCCAAAUAUUGGGUCUCUUCACACUCGUGUUACUCCUCAUCUCCGCUUGUGGCAAUGGUGUUGUGGUCUACAUAUUUGGUGGCACGAAAUCGCUGCGCACACCUGCCAAUUUGCUCGUGCUGAACUUGGCAUUUUCCGACUUCUGUAUGAUGGUCUCUCAGGCGCCUGUCAUGAUCAUCAAUUUUUACUAUGAAACCUGGAUACUGGGACCGCUGUGGUGCGACAUAUAUUCCAUCUGCGGCUCGAUGUUCGGCUGUGUGUCGAUUUGGUCGAUGUGUAUGAUUGCAUUGGACCGUUAUAAUGUGAUUGUGAAGGGUGUUUCGGGUCGCCCAAUGACCAUAAAAUUGGCGAUAAUGAAAAUCGUUGUCAUCUGGUUGUUUGCGACAUUUUGGACACUUGCACCGUUACUCGGUUGGAGCAGAUAUGUGCCUGAGGGCAACUUAACCGCCUGCUCCAUUGAUUAUAUGACACGCGAGUGGAACCCGCGCUCCUACCUGCUCACCUACUCGCUUCUCGUCUACUUCACACCGCUCUUUCUCAUUUGCUAUUCAUAUUGGUUUAUCAUUGCGGCCGUGGCGGCGCACGAGAAGGCAAUGCGCGAACAAGCGAAGAAGAUGAAUGUUAAGUCGCUGCGCUCCUCGGAGGAUUGUGAGAAAAGCGCCGAGGCGAAAUUGGCAAAAGUAGCUCUGACCACAAUCUCAUUGUGGUUUAUGGCUUGGACACCUUAUUUAAUCAUUUGCUAUUGCGGCCUCUUUGAGGUGGACAGUCUGACGCCGUUGAACACAAUUUGGGGUGCGACAUUCGCCAAGACGAGCGCCGUUUAUAAUCCCAUUGUCUAUGGAAUAAGUCAUCCGAAGUAUCGUUUGGUCUUGAAGGAGAAGUGUCCGUGUUGUGUUUUUGGCUCCACGGAAGAGGCGAAGCCAGAUGCGCCAGCAGCGGAGAGUCAAGGCACAACUGAAGCCGAGACAAAUGCUUAGCGAAGGAAGCCUGGCUGACGAAUUAAUGCGAUUAAUAGUUCCUGAACUCUUUGGAUAUUUCAAGGAAGUAAUAAAUGAAAAUAUAAAAUAAAUGAGUGAAUUCCCUAUUAUUGAAA